UAACACUCAAGCGAAAGCGAUGCACAUAUUUUGUGAGCCUCCAAUCAUGAAUUGCAUUUGUUUGACUAAUUUUCAUAUAAGUGUAACUUGAUGGUGAAAAGAAGAUUUGAAAUGAGUCUAAAAUUUUAAAUAGAAUCAUCCAUAUAAUCCAUAAAUAUGUCUAGAGUAAGACAUCUUAAACGUUUUUUUAUGUUUGGUGAUGAUUUGAAAAAUUUAUUCAAACCUAGCCCUUUUAUGUCGCCAUCUUCCGUCCAACGUCACUUUUCAAAAAGUACAGAUCCUUCGACAACUGCUGAAUAUAUUCCUAUUGAAAUUGCUCAAAAUGUUUUGGAGACCAUUCAUAUUUAUACACAUUUACCAUGGUGGUCUACUAUUGUGUUAUCUUGUGUAGGCUUACGAAGUCUUGUUACCCUACCUUUAGGAGUAUAUCAGAAUAAGCUUGUUGCUAAAAUAGAAUUGCUACAGCCAACACUUAAAGAACUUUCUGAGGCACUAAAACAUCGUGUUACUAUAGAGUGUAGAAGGAAAGGAUUACCUUCUCAGCAAGCCAACAAACUUUUUAAAAAACAGCUUCGAAAAUAUAAGUAUGAUUUGUACAAGACAAAUGGAUGUAAUCCUAUAAGGAUCUAUAUUUUACCUUGGGUGCAGAUACCUUUAUGGAUUAUAUUGUCUUUGGCUUUGCGAAAUAUAAGUGGAGCAUUUUCAUGGAACUCCAAAGUUCAUACUCAACAACCUUGUUAUUCAGACAUGGCUAAUGAAGGAACCCUUUGGUUUAAAGAUCUUACAGUGCCUGAUUCCACAGGAGUACUUCCUGUUAUGUUGGGUGUUGCAAAUCUUCUUAAUACUGAGCUUCACACACUGAAGAAAAAAGAGACAACACUGAGACAGCGGACUUUACUGAUGGUCUUUCGAUUGUUAUCUCUUCUUAUGAUUGCUGUUGCUUUAAAAAUGCCAGCAGCAAUGUCUUUGUAUUGGUGCAUUUCGGCGUCGUAUGGCCUCCUUCAAAAUAUAUGUCUUAAAUUACCUCGUGUUCGUCGUCUCUUCAAAAUUUCCAAAACUCCUUCAGAGAGUGCAACUCCUUUCAGAGACAUAUGUUCUAUUGUAGCUGAACGUACUGCAAAAUUCUUAAAAAUUCAGAAGGAUUAUAUGGGAAUGAAAUGACAUUAAAAAUCACACAAUUCUUUCAAAUUGAAGUAAAAGCUCGAAUAAGUUUCACAGUUCGUAUAUCAUAUUAUCAUAGUGGAUUUUGUUUUUUCACUUAACUGAACUUUCCUAGAAUAUUCGCCAUGUUGCAAUUAUAAUGAAAUCCAGCUUAUUGGGUUAGUGUUUUGGUUUUAAACAAUUCCUUUAAGGACUAUUUGGUUAUUAUUUUUCACCAUUCCCGUGGUAUUGGCAAUUUUUAAUACAAUUUUUUAGAUAUGUCA